GACCUCGAGAAACUAAGGGCGGACUUUGCUCAGAUGAUGAGCCGACAAGCGGCUGCGCAGCCGAGGCUCCAGGCGGAGCUAGCUGAGCUCAGGGCCCAUGCCAAGGCCACGCCUGAGCUGUAUACCGAAAUCUCCCAGCUCAAAUCCAAGCUGGAAGCGUUCAGAGCCGGUGCGACUGCAGCGCCA